AUGGGUCCCGGAAUGGUAUACCUGGAGUCGCUGCGAAAUCACGAGCGCGAGGGCGUGCCAUCAGGCGCUGGUACCGACACAUCCAAGGGCUUUGACCUGACCAAGAUGCACAGGCUGCUUGCCCAGCUAGGCGAUCCUCAGGACGCGUGGCAGGCAGUGCACAUCUCAGGCACAAAGGGCAAGGGAUCCACCGCCACCAUGCUGGCGUCGAUCGCAUCAGCUGCUGGGCUGAAGACGGGCUGCUACACCAGCCCCCACGUGGUGUCCCUGCAUGAGCGCAUCCUCAUGGAUGGCAAGCCCAUAACGUCCAAGGAUUUGGAUCAGGCACUGGUCACGGUCCAGCCCACCGCCCAGGGGCUCAGCCAUGCGUCUCCGGAGCUGCCACCCCCCAGCCACUUCGAGGUCCUGACCGCAGCGGCCUUCGCCCACUUUGCGGCCGCCGGCACGGACCUCGCGGUGGUGGAGGUGGGUCUCGGCGGCGCACGCGACGCCACAAACGCCUUCCGCCCUGCCGGCCUUGCUCUAUCGGUCGUGACUCCCAUCGGGUCAGACCACCUGGACGCACUGGGGGGCAGCGUGCGUAGCGUGGCGGCCGCCAAGGCCGGGGUCUUGAAGGCGGGCAGGCCGCUGGUGCUGGCACCCCAGCCCCUGCACGAAGCCCACCAGGAAAUCAAGCGAGAAGCUCACCGGCUGGGGUGCCCUGUGAUCGAGGUGGCUGACGAGGUGGAGCUGGAGUUUGCAAGGGGCGGGGAGCAGCAUCCAGCUGCCCCUGCCAUCGUGCGAGUCCUUGGCUCCACGGUGGCUGCAGCACUCGGUCUUCAGCAGGGCGACUGCAUAGAGAUGAAGCUGGGCAUGGAGGGCGUGCACCAGCUGUCAAACGCCGCCACCGCCAUCACGGCAGCGGCCGUCCUGGCAUCGGAGGGAAUUCUGCAGGGCCUGACCCUGGAAGGCCUGAGGCUUGGCCUCUCACGCGCGCAGCUGCCCGGCAGAUUCCAGCGCUGCCGCCUGGCGGAGCACAGAGCCGGGCCUGUGCUGAUCGUUGACGGGGCGCACACGCCCGAGGCGUGCGCCGCCCUGGCCGCCUCGCUGCGCCGCGCUUUCCCGGAACCCUCCCCUGUCGCGCUCGUCCUGGCGGCGGCGGCCGACAAGGACGCCAGCGGCAUGUGCGCGGCGCUGGGUGCGCUGCGCCCCGUCGCCGUCUUCCCGACCGAGGUGGAGGUGGCCGGCAGCGGAGCCCGGGCGAUGGCGCCAGGGUCAAUCAUGGCAGCGUGGCAGUUCAACGUGCCCCGCCCGGGCCGGGUGAUGAUGCAGCCGUCGGUGGUGGCAGCCGUGGAGAGGGCGCGCAUGGAGCUGGGCGGGGUGCGAGAGGGGGGCGGCCCCGGCGUGAUCCUGGUCACCGGGUCCAUGCAUGCCGCAGGGGCCGCGCUGCGCCGGCUGCACCUCGUCCCCGCCUGA